UGAGGUGGUCCACCUUGGGCACCAGCGUGAGGACCACGGCUCGGGGUGCCCUGGAGCCUCGGGCAAGGCGGGGCCUGGGGUCACUGCCUCCCCUCGGACGCAGGCCUCGGAAAAGCUCUGCAGGCAGGUUGUUCAUCAUCCUCGCCUUGACUGCAAGGAAAUGGUGCCAAGGGCCCGAGUGGCUGACUCCAGUCCUGGGCUGUGGGGCCCAGGCCCAGGCACCCUGCACCGCCCGACACUUUCACCCCCAGCUCGAGAAUUUGUCCUCGGUGUGUGCAACCUGCCAGGGGAAGCAUGGUGGCCUUGCAGGGCCAGCCUCUAUACAGGCUGCUCCCACCUGGCCCUCAAGCCCAGAGAACCAGCCGCCUGCCCUCUGCCUCAACCCAGCAGCCGGGUGCCUGCAGGCCUGAGACUGUCCCAAGCCUCCUGGGGGCCCAGUGACCAUGGGCUCUGUGAUGGCCAGCUCCGCCCUGGGCCGCUCACCGGCCUUGGAGCACUGCGGUCCUGAGCACGGGCUCUAGCCAGGGCAGGACCCUGUGGCCACUCAGCAUGUCCCACCGGCACUCGGACAGCUCCUUGGAGGAGAAGCUCCUGGAAUACCGCUUCCCCCCGGAGCUGCGGCUCGAUCCCAAGGGGAACCCGGCGUGCGGGCUCCCGAUGGUCCGGGGCUCCCUGCGAGACAGGGACAAUGCCUCCUCCCCGCCUGAAACCCCCCCGUGCCCACCUCCCUCACCUGCGUCCUCCGAAGGCGAGACGCCGCGGGCCGUCGUCCUGAGCACGCAGAGCCCCGCAGCCCUCAAGCUGGGCACUCAGCAGCUGAUCCCCAGGAGCCUGGCUGUGUCGAGCAAGGCCAAGACCCCGGCCCGCCACCAGAGCUUCGGGGCGGCCAUGCUCAGCAAGGAGGCCGCCCGGCGGGACCCCCGGCUCCUCUCGGCCCCCAGCUUCUCCCUGGACGACAUGGACAUGGACACGGGCCCCGGGGGGAUGCUUAGACGAAACCUGCGGAACCAAUCCUACCGGGCGGCCAUGAAGGGCCUGGGAAUGCCGGGCAGCGAGGGGGGCCCCGUCAAGCUCAGCCCCAAGCUCCAGGCUCUGGCCGAGGAGCCCAGCCAGCCUCCUGCUCGGUGUCCAGCCAAAAAUAAGAAGACGCUGGGGCGGAAACGUGCACACAAGGGCUCCUUCAAGGACGACCCACGGUUCUACCAGGAGAUCCGGGAGCGGGGCCUAAACACCAGCCAAGAGUCAGACGACGAGCUCUCCAGCCCAGAGGGGACUCAGAAGGCGGACAUCCCCAUCGUGGUCAAGAGCUACCGGCCCCCCCAGGUCACCUGGAGCCAGCUCCCUGAGGUGGUGGAGUCGGGCAUCUUGGACCAGCUGCCGGCCGAGGAGCGCAAGAGGCAGGAGGCCAUCUUCGAGAUCCUCACAUCGGAGUUCUCCUACCAGCACAGCCUGGGCAUUCUGGUGGCCGAGUUCCUGCAGUCCAGAGCGCUGCGGGCAACCAUGACCCAGAUGGAACACCACCACCUCUUCUCCAACAUCCUGGACGUCCUGGGCGCCAGUCGGAAGUUCUUCGAGGACCUGGAGCGGCGGCACAAGGCGCAGGUAUGCGUGGAGGACAUCAGCGACAUUCUGGAGGAGCACGCCGAGAAGCACUUCCACCCCUAUAUCGCCUACUGCUCCAAUGAGGUCUACCAGCAGCGCGCCCUGCAGAAGCUGACAAGCAGCAAUGCCGCCUUCCGAGAGGUCCUGAGGGAGAUCGAGAGGCGGCCGGCGUGCGGGGGCCUGCCCAUGAUCUCCUUCCUGAUCCUGCCCAUGCAGCGGGUGACCCGGCUGCCCCUCCUGACGGACACACUCUGCCUCAAGACCCAGGGCCACCCCGAGAGGUACAAAGCCGCCAGCCGCGCACUGAAGGCCAUCAGCAAGCUGGUGAAGCAGUGCAAUGAAGGGGCGCACAAGAUGGAGCGCACGGAGCAGAUGUACAUGCUGCACACCCAGCUGGACUUCAGCAAGGUCAAGUCCCUCCCGCUCAUCUCGGCCUCCCGCUGGCUGCUGAAGCGCGGGGAGCUCUUCCUGAUGGAGGAGACCGGGCUUUUCCGAAAACUCGCCAGCCGGCCGACCUGCUACCUGUUCCUCUUCAAUGAUGUCCUGGUGGUCACCAAGAAGAAGAGUGAGGACAGCUUCGUGGUCCAGGACUAUGCCCAGGUGGACCACAUCCAGGUUCAGAAGAUGGAGCCCUCGGAGUCCCCCCUGCCCGGUGGUGGCGGCCGCAGCUCCUCCGUGCCCCACCUCUUCCAGGUCACCCUGCUGCACAACAGCGAGGGUCGCCAGGAGAAGAUCCUGCUGUCCUGCGAGUCCGCGAGUGACCGGGCCCGGUGGAUCACGGCGCUCACACACAGGGAGAGGCAGGGGCAGGGUCCCACCAACAAAGGAGACCUGCUCCAGGUGGAGAUCACCAAGGCCUACUUGGCCAAGCAGGUGGAUGAGAUCACGCUGCAGCAGGCGGAUGUGGUCCUGAUCCUGGAGCAGGAGGACGGAUGGUUCUACGGCGAGAGACUGCGGGAUGGAGAGACGGGCUGGUUCCCCGAGGACUUUGCCCGGAGCAUCACCAGCCGUGUGGCCGUGGAGGGCAAUGUGCGCAGGAUGGAGCGGCUGCGGGUGGAGACAGAUGUGUAGCCAGGACGUGCACCUCGGGAGGCCAGGCUGCUGUGGCAGCAGCUGCGGUUCCUACUCCAGCAAGCAGCUGUGUCCAGCUCCAAAGAGCGUGGUGGGCUUGUCCCAGGAGACUCAACCAUCCCUGGGUCUCCCCAAGGCCCCCUGGGCUACAGCGCUGGCUCCAGACACUUCCAAGGAGGAACAUGGUACUUGCCUCUGGGGACUGACCCCAGCAGGAGUCCUGGGAGGAGCCCAGACAGGCCGGCCCCUCCUAUAGGCCCUGCCCCGCCCCAGCUCCCGGCCGCCCCGCCCCUGCCCUCCUGUGUACCUGCAGGGCUGUCGUGCCUGGCUGACGUGAUGGAGGAGGGUGGAGAACCGUGGGAUGACGUGGGCUGUCUCCCUCCCGCGCCCCUCCUGCCUCAGCGUGGGACGACGAGGGCCUCGAGUGCCCAGGGCUGCCCCACGUUCCAAGAAGGGCAGGAAAUGGCCAUGCAGUGCCAGCGCUGAAAUUGUGACGUUAAGGUUUCUGGAGACAUUAAAGCGUUUGUUUAACACCUGGA